UAUAAAUAAAGGGGAGGGUUUCUAUACAUCAAGGUCACAUAGUACUUGUACAAGCUCCAAAUUAAAGAAGAGCAGAAAACUUUCUUUCUCUUUUCUCUUUUUUCAAUGGAGCUCUUCAUGACUAUAUGUCUAAUAUUUCUUUACUGCAUCUUGUUCUUCAUUUGUAAGUUGUUUUUGCAAAUGAGAAACCAGUGCUGCUAUAUCUUGGCCUAUGAGUGUUACAAGGCUCCUGAGGACAGGAAGCUUGACACUGAAACCUGUGGGAAGCUCAUCAUGAGGAACAAAAAUCUUGGUCUGGAACAGUACAGGUUUCUUCUACAAGCUAUGGUCAAUGCAGGCAUUGGUGAAGAAACUUAUGGCCCAAGAAAUGUCAUUGCUGGCACAGAAGAAUCUCCAACCCUUUCAGAUACAUUUUCAGAGAUUGAUGAUAUAGUCUUUGGCACUCUUGACAAACUGUUUGCUAAAACAGGAGUUUCUCCAUCAGAGAUUGAUAUUCUUGUUGUCACUGUCUCAAUGAUCACUUCAGCACCCUCUUUACCGGCUCGAGUGAUCAACCGUUACAAGAUGAGGGAAGAUAUUAAGGUCUUCAACCUCUCUGGAAUGGGUUGUAGUGCAAGUGUUAUAGCUGUUGAUCUUGUCCAGAAUUUGUUCAAGACAUACAAGAAUGCGUUUGCAGUUAUUGUGAGUUCAGAAUCAUUGAGUCCAAAUUGGUAUCGUGGCAAAGAGAGAUCCAUGAUGCUCCCCAAUAUCCUCUUCCGGUUGGGAGGGUGUUCCUUACUCUUGACAAACAAAAGAGCUCUAAGGCCUCAGGCCAUGCUGAAGCUAAAACAUUCGGUUCGAAUCCAUGCCGGCUCGAGUGAUGAAGCAUAUGAAAGCUGCACCAGAAUCGAAGAUGCACAAGGUUACUGUGGUUUCUUCCUCACUAAAAACCUGCCAAAGGCUGCUGCUAAAGCUGUAACCAUGAAUCUCCGAGUUCUAGUACCCAAAAUGUUACCGCUAAGGGAACUUGUCCGCUACGCAGUAGUAUCUUAUUGGAGAAGUAAGAGCAAAACCUCAACUCCUGAAGCAGCAGGAGCAGCUUUGAAUCUUAAGUCUGGCGUUGAGCACUUCUGCAUUCAUCCUGGUGGAAGGGCAGUAAUUGAUGCAAUGGGCCGAAGCUUAGGGCUCAACGAAUAUGAUCUUGAGCCAACUCGAAUGGCACUUCACCGAUUUGGCAACACUUCAGCCGCUGGACUCUGGUAUGUCUUAAGUUACACGGAAGCUAAAAAGAGGCUGAAGAAAGGUGACAGAAUUUUAAUGAUCAGUCUUGGAGCAGGUUUCAAGUGUAACAACUGCGUAUGGGAGGUAAUGAGGGACUUGGAGGAUGUCAAUGUCUGGGAAGACUGCAUAGGUCGCUAUCCUGUAAAAUCCACAGCCAACACUUCUUUCCUGGAGAAAUACGGUUGGGUGAAUGAGCCCAGGCAUGACAAAUAGAUAUCGAGGCAGCAAACCAGGAUUCUUGGUUUGGAAUCUAUAAAUCAGAAAGUGAUAUGGGCCAGCCAAUCAUCAUUUGCCAAUUGCAAGCCCUAGUUAAAAGCCUGUCUAUGAUCCUUUUGCUCAUUUAUGAGCUGAUCUUUCUGAUCAACUUAAUUGAUUAUGUAUUAUUAAACACCAGUUUACCCUUGUCCAGGAAAACCAGCAUAUGUUUGAAAUGUCCAUUGUCCAAGAAGAGGAUGUGAACUAUUCUUCAAAUGGUUGAUUCUACAGUUUUACCCUCUUCUUUUUUGGAAAAUAUUAAUUGAAAUAACAGCACCACAGCACCACUGUUGGGAAUUAAUUGUUAAAA